AACCUAUAGCUGGGUUGAGAGGUUGAGAAAGAUAAUAACAUCGUACAUUCUUUUUCCUUUCAGUUUCUAGAAGUUAUGACUCUGUCUAAAGAAUUCCCUCCCUCCCCUCCCCUGCCCCCGCCUUGGGAGGCACAUGUCAUAUAACAGGAUUAGAGAGAGAGAGCUCUGCUAAAGGUGGUGUUUUGCAGCAGUCCAAGAAAUGAUGCCAUCUGACCCCCUGGUGCCUCGGGGGUGGGGAGCAGUUGGGCAGGGGCAGUGAGCCCAGACGUGCUGAGUGUUGUUCCUCUUUUUUUAGAGUCAGGGCUCCCUAGUGUGGAUUCAUUAUUUGUCUUAAAGGGGUGCAAAUCCCUACAUGUCAGAUGUAGCGAUAAUUCAUUUGUCAGAACACCGGUGGCUUCAAGAUCCUGUGUAGAUUGUCUCUGUUGCCAGUGUCCUUGGUUAGUGUUGAGUGAUUGACAUUUGAUUGCAGUGUGAUCACCUUGGUUUCAAGUGGCUUUUAUCCCCCGGGUUCGGAGUGCUUUCCCAUUAUAGUUAUGUUUGUCCCUCCAAUAUGUCUGAAUUUCGGAGGCAGAGUUAUUGCUCUCAUUUUAUAGCUGGAGAAGCUAAGGCUUGGGCCCAGGCUGAAAUGAGGCCCAGGCUCUGAACCCCAGAAUGCUGCGGCACCAGUGGGAGACUCCAGCCAACUUCACUUCACCUGGGUAUGAAACAGGCUUGCCACUUUGAGAAGAGGGAGGAAUGCAGGAACUUAGAGCAGCUGGGUAGCGAGCACAGGGUCUGGUGCUUGUUUCUUAGUGAAGGUUUCCUCCAUCUUCCUUCCCAAGUUGUCUGUUCUGGCUUUCGAUAAUUGCUGAUGAAUUUAUCCUUUUUAUCAUAUCCAAGCUCUACAGCUACUCCUCCUUCCCCUGCCCCCAUGUCAGUCAUGGCUCUGAGAAACAAGAUAACAAACCCAUUCCUCUGUCUGGAGGAAGGAGGACAGGAAACACAGCCUGAGCAGGGACUUCUGCCUUCUUCCUUUCUCCGUGGCCCGUCCCCUCUCCCAGCACCUGGGCUUACUGGUCUGGACCUAGACCAAGAGAUGCAGGCUAGAAGUGAGGGCUCCUUUAAGAAAGGGAAGAGCUCAUGCAUUCUGGGUGACACCCCCUGGCCUCUCAUGGGCACCCUGCCCAGCAAGCUGCAGCCGCUGUCCAAAGACCAAGCUUCCCGAUCCCAUCAGAUCUUUGCUGACGUGGAGAAAAUCUUAGGCAGGGCCCCAGCCCAAUGCAGGACAGAAUUAGGUGAUCAGCAGGGUCUGGAGAAACACCAGAAGAUGACAGAAAAAAUCCACCUGCGGUUUUCAGACCCUGAAAUAGAAGAGCUGGGAAUGAGGACCAGACAGCAGAAGCCAGGCACUCUGGGUCCUAAGAACACCGGGCCUCUCCAGGAUGGGCAGGAUGUAUUAGGAAGCAGGAGCCAGGCCUCUGUCCACGCAAAGCUCCCUGAAACCAUCAAGGGCCCGCAGCUGAAAGGGGAGCAACAGAGUCACAACAUAGCCAAGCUGAGCUCCACGGGUCCUGGUGGGGACAAGGGCCAGAGCCCUGUCUCCUCUCCAUCCCCUGGGGAGGAGCCCACCUCAUCCUCUUGUUCUUCUGACCACAUGCCGCCUACCAGGAAGAGCCAGUUGUUCUUGUUAGAUAGAAGCCCAGUUGAAGACCUGAGCUGGCGGGGAGUUCCUGGGGAAGGUGGAAGUAUGGGCAAGGGGAUAUCGAGGCGAGAGCCCCCAGGACCGUGGAUGGGGCAGGUCUCCAAGCUUGCUAGCAAGAACACCACAGGGAGCAGCAGAGAAAGAGAGUCCAGUGACCCUGAGGCUCGUGGAGCUUCAGCUGAAGAUACACCCCAGGGACUUGGCCUGGAACCACCUGACACCCUGGCAUCAGAACCAGCUCAGAAUGCCCCUGCAGGCAGUACCCCUGGGGUCUCUCCUCCCAGUGAGAAGAGACAACCCCCAGGGUCUCCAGAGCCCCCUGAUGAAGACAGGAAGCCUCGUGUGUCUGGGCCUGACUUGGAGAGCAGCAGCAGCAGCAGCAGCCUGGCCUCACGCCUUGGCUCUCAGGUUCUGGGUGAGGUGACCAACUUCCCUUGGGACCUGCAGAGCUCACAGAGAUCUGAGCUGGGAGUGGGUCACACGGAUCCUGGACCCAGAGCUCAGCAAUCCACCCCCUUCCUAGCACCCCACUUGUCCCACAUCCAGAGCUCAGCCGAUGAGCAGUCAGAGAGUGAAGACUACUCUGAGGAUCAGAGGUUCUACCAGCACAUCCUGCAGAUGGUCAAGAUCUCCAGGCGGCUGGAGGGCCUGGGGCUGCCCGAUAGCAUGCAGGAAAUGCAGUGCAAAGAUAUCGCCAGCAUGGUCUGUUGCAUGGCGGCUGAGUCUUCCAGGAUGUCUAGUGAGGGUGAGCACGAGGCCAUCAGAGCCAUGGAGAGAGACUCGAGGUUUCUGACUUGGGGUUCAGAGCUGCUGCAGCAUCCUCAGGAGGGGGCCCUUGGCCCAGCUGGGCAGGAGACCACCUCUCGGCAAGCCAAUCUCCAGCCAAACAGCAACUCCUUCAGGCAGGGGCCAGUUGAGCUGAGCUUCAACAGAGAGCUUACUGCAAAGCCAGGCAAGAUACAGCUUCUCAACCAGGCCCUGGGUUCCCCGUUAGCCCCAGUCCACGUUCCUCUUGGGGGUCUGGGCCCACUGCGAGGCCUCGUGGAUGCCCCGCCUUCUGCUCUCCGUGGAUCGCAAAGCGUGAGCCUGGGCAGCUCAGUGGAGUCCAAUCAGCUUGGAGAACUCACGCUGCCUUCACAGGGUCCCAAGACUUGUGCUUAUACAAAGGGUCUCUUGGGCUCCAUCCAUGAGGACAAGAAUGCUUUCAGCCUCUUGGCUUUAGGGGAGGAAACUAACGAGGAAGAUGAGGAGGAGAGUGACAACCAGAGUCUCCGCAGUUCAAGUGAGCUUCUUAAGAACUUGCACCUGGACAUUGGGGCACUGGGGGGUGACUUUGAGUAUGAGGAGUCUCCAAGAUCAAGCCAGCCGGAGGAGAAGAAGGAUGAUUCUCUUGCCUCAGAUGCUGCUGGCCCCCCCACUCCUGACAAGCUCCUCAGCCAGGGUGCAGACGACACCUUGAGUGGUGCCAAUGGCAAAGGGCAGCAGGGAAGAGCAGCGAAUUCUCGGCUCCCAGAAACAGAAGAGGCUGAGAAGAGUGAUCCCGGGGCCUCCAGGAGUCGGGUGACCCCUGGGGUAGGCCCAGGGGAUGAUCAGCCUGCCAAAGCCUCUUCAAAGGAGGCUCCAGAAGACCUCAUGGAUGCAGGAGAGGAGGGCUCCAGGGAGGAAGAGGCAGUGACGGAGCCCAAGAGGCAGGCUUCUGCCCCAAAAGGCAGCGGAUCAGACGCCAGUGAAGAGUCCAAGAUCAGUGACCAUGUGAAGGAACUACAGUUCUCAGACUCUGCUGCUUCUGAUCCCAAGUCCUUCCUCGGCCUGGACUUUGGUUUUCACAGUCGAAUCUCAGAGCACCUGCUAGAUACUGAUGUGCUUUCUCCGGUCCUGGAUAGAGCCUGCAAGGGGGUCCAGAGGUGGGGAAGAGAGGACAAGGAGGACAGCGAGUCCAGCCAAGAUGAGCUGCAGAGCAAGCAGUCCAAGGGCUCAGAGAGGGAGAGACGUGACUCUGCUGCUCUGGCUGGUCUGACCAGGUUAUCUCCUUCACUUCUGCACGGGCGGCAGCUCCAGAGUCCCCUUCCCAGCCAGGCCACUGAGAACAGGCCUGCACAGGCCCCUGCUGGGCAGCCUGCGUGGAAGGAGGCUGAAGAGCCUGGGGAGGACUCUGUAGCCAGGCCCACCCCGCCAGCUUCCCUCCAGAGGGAGCAGGUCCCAAGGCCACUUGCCACCCCUGAGAGGGCCAAGGAGCUGGGUCCUGGGCAGGAAGAGGCUGAGGAGCCCAAGGAGAAGGUGGCAGUCAGCCCCACCCCGCUGGUCUCUGCAGAGGCGCAAUCCCCAGAGCCUGUGAGCCCCCCAGAUCAACUCACAGAGGCUGCUCUAAAGACUGUGGAAGAGGCAGUGGCUCGGGAACUUGAGCAGGACAAGAGGCGGCUGCUGGAAUCAAAGCGAGAGAAGAUGCAGCAACUGCGGGAGAAACUGUGGCAAGAGGAGGAGGAAGAAAUCCUCCAGCUUCACCAGCAGAAGGAGAAGUCUCUCAGUUCCCUGAAGGAGCAGCUGCAGAGAGCCACUGAGGAAGAGGAGGCCCGGAUGAGAGAAGAGGAAAGCCAGAGGCUGUCCUGGCUCCGAGCCCAGGUCCGGUCCAGCACAGAAGCAGAUGAGGGCCACAUCAGGGCCGAGCAAGAGGCUUCCCUGGAGAGGCUGAGAGAAAAGCUGGAGUCUCUACAGAAGGCCGAGAGGGCCAGCUUGGAGCAGAAAAGCAGGCAAACACUAGAGCGGCUCAAGGAGGAGAUGGAGGCUUCAGAGAAGAGAGAGCAGGCUGCCCUGAAUGCUGAGAAGGAGAAGGCUUUGCAGCGACUGCGGGAGCAACUGGAAGGGGAGAGGAAAGAAGCCCUUGUUACUCCCCAGGCAGUGGCGGCACUGGAGAGGGAGCACAGUGAUGAGCUGGAGCGGCUCUGUUCCUCGUUGAAGGCCAAGCACAGAGAGGCAGUCUCCAGCCUCCAGAAGAAGACAGAGGAAGCGCAGCAGAAAGAAAAGGCCCAGCUGCAGGAAAGUCUUGUGCAGAUGGAACAGAGAGCUCAUCAGAAAGCUCACCAAGUGAUUGAGUACGAGCAAGAGCUCAGUGGCCUCUUGAGAGAGAAGCGCCAGGAGGUGGAAAGAGAUCAUGAGAGGAAGAUGGAGAAGAUGAAGGAGGAGCACUGGCAAGUGCUGGCAGAGGCCAGAGAGCAAUAUGAAACCAAGGAGAGGAAGCAGCGGGCUGAGCUCCUGGGGCACCUGACCGGAGAACUGGAGCGCCUGCGAAAGGCCCAUGAGCGAGAACUGGAGACCGUGAGGCAGGAGCAGGACAAGCAGCUUGAGGACUUGCGGCGCCGGCACCGGGAACAGGAAAGGAAACUCCAAGAGUUAGAGGUAGAACUUGAAACCAGAAGUAAAGAUGUCAAGGCUAGGUUGGCUGAGCUGGAUGUCCAGGAGGAGGCUGCCCGGAAGGAGAAGCAGCAGCUGCUUGAAGUGAAGAGGCAGGUUGCUCUGGAGAGUGAGGAAGCCACAGCCACCCAUCAGCACCUGGAGGAGGCAAAGAAGGAGCACUCCCACCUGCUAGAGUCAAACCGGCAGAUCCGGAGAACUCUCGAGGAGCUUCGGGCCCGCAAGUUGGAGUUGGAGUCCCAGGUGGAGCUGCUGCAGGCACAGAGCCAGAGGCUGCAGAAGCGCAUCAGCAGCCUGGAGGCUGAGGCCCAGAGGAAGCAGGACAUGCUGAACGAGUUGGCAGUCGAGGAGAGUAACACCUCCCCGCAUUUUGAGCUGGAUCUCCACGUGGAGGACCUUAGGAAAUCCACUGGAACUAGUCAGACCAAAGGGGUAUCCUCUUCUGUCUCCCAGAGUAAGGAGGAAGCUGGCUUGCUUCUCGACAGUGUCCGGCACUACCUGUCUGCUGAGGGACCAGCCCUCCGUAGUGCCAAGGAGUUCCUGGUACAGCAGACACGCUCCAUGCGGAGGCGGCAGACAGCUCUGAAAGCCGCCCAGCAGCACUGGCGCGAGGAGCUGGCCAAUGCCCCGGACAGAGCCCAAGAUGCACCAGGCACCGAGUCUCUGGAUGCUGUGCGCAGGAACCUGGAGGAGGAGUCCAGGCACCUGGAUGAGAUGAGGUCUGCUAUGUGCAAAGGCCAGGACCUGCUGAAGCAGAAAGAGGAGAAGCUGAGCCAGCUGGAGUCUUCUGUCCGGGAAGAGGCCUCUGAUGAGGACAGUCUGAGAGGAGCCUCUACCAAGAAGGUGGUGACCUUUGACCUCAGUGACAUGGAAGACACGAGCAGUGAAAGUUCUAAAUCUGCCCCCCUGCCUCAGAUGAACCCGACCCCAUGCCCCACCUUCCCCAACGAGAUCCAGUACCUGAGCAGCUCCUUACAGCGGAUCAGCAGCGAGCUGAACGGGGUCCUCAGUGUGCUGGGCAGCCUCAACACCCAGCCCCCACCCCCGCUCUUCACUUCGAUGCCAGCACCGAUCUCGUCCCUGUCCUCCAGGAGCACCUGUGUUCCCACCUACCCCUCCCUGGCCAGGGCUUCAGCCCCGCGCCCCGUGACCCCCAUGUCCACCCAUUGGGCCUGGGACCCAGGGCUGGGCCCCCGGCUUUCCUCCUCUGUGGCUCAAACAGUGGACGACUUCCUGGUGGAGAAGUUGCGCAAGUAUUUUCCAAGCGGAGUCCCAUUCCUCAGGAGCAGCCCUGCCCCCCUGGAGAACAGGCUGGGCUACGUGUCCGCCAGUGAGCAGCUCCGCCACCUGCAGCGCCCCCAUUCCCAAGUCCAGGAGGCAGGCAACACCAACUUACAGGGUAUGAUCGAGGCUAACCGAAAGUGGCUAGAUCAUUUCAAGAAUGACCCCAAAUUACAUCUCUUCUCAGUACCCAAGCCAACAGCCACCUCCAGCCUCCUGCAGCUGGGCCUGGAUGAGAACAGACUGAAGGUGUACCACUGCUGAGGUCCUGAGCGGUGGGUUCAGGACAGCCUGGCCUCUCCUCCACCCAGACCAGUGCCCGAGGAGCUCCUGCACUUUACUCCCUCUGAGAAACCAACCUCCUGUUCCCUCUUUGCUGCUUGCCCCACUCAGGGCUUGGCGGAACCAUAGAAGGCCAGAGGGGUGGAAAGGAUGGUACGACUGGAAACAGCAAGCCCUACCCACCCUCUGUGAUCAUAUAUCUCCAGCUGAGAAGCUUUGGACUAUGAGCCAGCAGCUCCUCCGUCGACAAGGCAACAUCAACGAUGUGGGGCAGCUGAGGGGCAGCUGGCAUGGGCAUUGGGGACUGGACACCUUUAGGAGGAUGGCAUUAGAGGAGCAGUCUGUGAAGGCCAGGGGGCUCAUCUUGGAGUUGGGUCAGUCCCUUGGACCUGCAGAUACUGCUCUGGGCUCCUGCGAAGGUGGCGUGCAUGGUCUUUGGUUUGCUAGGACAAAGCCCUCUAGCAUAUCUGUACCCUGGGACCAGCCUCUUUUGGGUGCAUACCCGUCUCUCCAAUACCUCAAGCUAACAGAGAUCAGGCCUUUUCUCUUUUCCUGACCGUCUCAGGCUGGGACACAACUGCCCAGCUUCCUGCCUGGGGUUGCUGGAGGCUGGGCCCCAGGAAGCUUUGCCACGUGUCUUCCCACUGCUGGGCCUGUGCUCUCCUCAGGACACCCCCUGCUUCCCUGGGACUCCUCCCGAAAGCCAUCCCAGCUCGAUGCUCAGGUCUGAAGCACACAACUUCUCCAGGAAGCCACAAAGCCAUAGGGAAAGAAUGGAGUGACUCCUAAUUCUCAUCUCAUUUUCUCUCUUCGUAGCAUACCUUGUUUUCAUCUUUCUUUUCCAGCUGACACCCAGCACCUGGGUUGGAUAAAAACUGUUCCACCUCAGCCUUCCACCUGUACGGUGGAAGACCCUUGAUCCCUCUGCCACCUCUUUUCGGAACGUGGCAACUUGGUCUGGAGGAGGUGAGGGCCGGGCUGGGCCCUGGUAUUGGCAGUGAGGGGUCUCACCGGUUGGCAGAGCUCCCUGCAGCCUUACUGUCCUCAGAUCCUCAAGGGCUUGCAGGGGAUGUUCUCUGACAUCUGCCCCUUCACUUACAUGACACUUACAUGUCUUUCAAGCCACGGGGUUGCCCUUGCCUCUCCAAUGCAUAGAAACCAACUUUUAACACCCUCCCACUCAUUUCUUUGCCAUGGAAUAAGAAACUAAGAUCCAAAUGGAUUUUUUUUUAACCCCUCAGAUACAUUUCAAGUUCAGCCUACCACACAGAAAAAGUCCAUUUUAUUUGACCCAUUCUGUGUGCUUUGGGAAUAGCUCACAUGUUAUGACCCACUCUGAUGACAAUCCUGUGUUUUCUACAGCAUUAAAUCUCUGCAGGCCCGUUUCUACAA